AUGUUGAUUUGUGUGUUGAUUUUUGUUGUUAAUGCGGAUGUUAAUGUCAAUGUGGAUCUUUAUUUUGAUAUUAAUGUGGGUCAUGAUAUGUAUUGUGAUUUCCAUGUUGAGGUUGAUGUGGAUGUGGAUGUGGAUGUUGGUGUGAAAGAGGAUCUGGAUGUUGAUGUCUAUUUUGAUAUGGAUGGGGAUGUGGAUGUCAAUGCUGCUGUUAAUGUUGAUGUGCAUGUGAAUGUUGGUGUGAAAAAGGAUCUAGAUGUUGAUGUCUAUUUUGAUAUGGAUGAGGAUGUGGAUGGUGAUAUGGAUGCUGAUGUGAAUGUUGAUGUGUAUAUUGAUUUUUGA